AUGAACUACUUCAUAGGAGAUGACAGUCGAUAUAACAGGGAUAUAGAAGGAGGGCCGUCUUUUAUCAAGCAGGCAACUAGAACCAAGGUCGAAAGAAGAAAACCAUCUGCGAACAAUGCAAGAGAUAAGAAGAAAGCUGGGAGUACAUCAGGAUUAACUUCAAUGAUUGUGUUUACCUCCAUCUUGAUUGUAUUGAUAAUUGCAGUUGCCAUUUUAGCUGCUCUUUUCGUAAAUGAGAGAACAAAAAGUACAGAUAAAAAAUCGGAGCCCUUGAAUAAAAAUUCAUCAUCAGUAUCGUCCUUGACAACAAAGAUUAUUUCAACACCAAAAGAAAAAUCAACAAAAAUGACGACUACUACUGCUCAGGAAACAAAAGUAAAAACGACUCAAAAAGCAACUUCAGCUAUUUCAUUCACUUCACUAUUCCCACUCUCAAUCAUGUCAUCAAAAACAAGUACAGACCUCCUGCAACCAACAACAGCCACAUCAAGCAUCCUAAAAGGGACAACAACAGGGGAAUUUCACAAAUCACCGCAAACAUCGAUACCUGAGACAACAUCGACCGAAAUAUCGAUGCCAAUUACAACACCGACAUUAAAAUCGUCAACAAAAGCCGCUCCUACUAAAAUUCUUACGAAAAGCACAACACUUUCAUCAAACGAACCGGAUAAAGCAUCGUCAGUGUAUUCAACAACAAAAUUUGAAAUGACCUCCAUCACACCUAAAAUGAUUUCAACGGAAGUAGCAGCCGAUGAUGUAACAUCGCCCUUAACAUCAGAAGCUGUAUCAAAUAUGUCAGAAAUAACCACUAAAGUAGAAACAGCAAUUUCAACGACAAAUGGAAUUGGAAAAACAUCAUUAUCGGCAUCAUCAAUCGGGGAGACUACAGCAGAUCAAACUUCAUAUUCUUUAGAAGCAGAAGGAUUUUGA